AUGGAUAACGCCGCCAGCUGGCUGCAACAGCAACUUGAAGGCAUCCACGAACAGAAAAGCCCCUUCCUUGUCUUGUUGGUUAUUACUGUUGCCUUGUUGUCAUCGGUGUGGAGAUCAUUUGGCCCUUUUGCUAGCAAGAAGGCCGGUGCGGUCAAGACUCGAACGGACGCCGACGAGAACAAGCACCAGCAGUCUGGCCCUUGGGGUAUGGGGGUGAUAGAACCGCUCACCGACUUGGACUUGAUGAACACCAAGCCCGAACGAAUCUACAAGUUUAACGACACGUAUCACCUAACCAUGGGCUUGAGGAACACUACGAUCAACACCAUUAUCCGCAUGGACCAACAAUAUCUCGAACGCAUGGCCGAGCGGGAAAAGAUCAUCACCAAAUAUCCCGGAGCGCUGGACUGUCUCCCUUCGGCCCAGGCCAUGGUGGACGAACUGUACACCUACUUGGUGACGGAAUACUUGCCCGCCCGAUUCCCGACCAUGUUCCGGAUAUCGCGGUCGACGCACACGUUGCACAAUCUGGUCAAGGACGAGCAUCUCCCCCUGGACGCCCCUUCCGACGUGCAAGAAACGCUGCGACUGAUUACGCUCAACGUCGACGAGGAUUUCUUGAUGCUGCUCCCGGCCCCUGACGGAGACGGCUACUCUCUCCAGGCUUUCACGUGGUGCUACCCGGUUGGGUUCGACCCGCAAGACAAGAAAGGCCUGAAGCUCCGCGAGGCGCAUGCGCCGGUGCCGUCCUACAAGCAGGUUCUGGAGAAUUCGAUGGAUCGGUACUUUGCGCGCCUGCAGCCCGGGAAAGUGGUGGAUCGAGUCAACUGGGCGGUGGCCACCAACUCCGGCCUCUGCGAGAGAGGUGAGUACCAUCUGUACUCGGAUGAUCAGGUGACGACGACGAAGGAGAUUGACCUGGACGACACGUGGGUGCGGUGUGAACUGCAGACGCUAUUUGCCCUGCCCAAGAGCCAAGGCCGGAUCCUGAGCGUGCAUCUCUAUCUCUACCCGAUCCGGGAGAUCAAGGAGGUUGGAUUGGCCGAGGAAAUGUGUCGAGCGAUCGACGGCUAUGGCUCAGGCAAUGCGGCGGGGUUUAGUCGGUACAAGCGCGUGCCUGUGUGGGGGGAGACGGUCAAGGAGUUUCUACGGAGUUGA